AUGGCCAACUACGCCCCACUCACAGCAGGACUGCGCCAUGUCCCGCCCCUGGCAGACCUCAACCCCGGCGAUGCUUUCAUCAUUCGGUACAAGAACAGCGUGCGCAAUUACAAAACAGAUCUCUGGAUUGCGAUCAUGCUUCCUGACAAUUUCAAGGCGGCCCCUGGUCUCCAUAGGCUACCCAAAGGAGCCAAGCCAGCAUCGGGUGAGUGGACGGUGGAUGCCGAUAAGCGCGUGUAUCCGGUCUAUCUCCCCGGAAGAAAUCUAUGUCGCUGGAUUCCAAUAGCAGAUUUCUUCGUCCUCGGGAACAAGGUUCCUCGUAUCUUCGUCCACAACGUCAACGGACAGGAUUAUACAAGUGAUGCAAAGAUCUAUUGGGAACUGGUCAAAAUUAUUGAAAGGAAGCCAGGCAUAGACUUCUGGCAAAGCAUGGCCAAGAAAGAGUCCUUGGUAAAGGGCAAGCGUGGAAAGAGCUUGGGCCUUGUUCUACCAGAUGGGUUCGAUGUCAUGGUCCAAGGAAUUACCACUAUGGACGAUGACUAUCUAGAUGAAGAUUCGUCUACCCACACGGAUGAUCAACCCGAUACAGCAGAACUUGAAGGAGAGCCGCUAAAAAAGGUACAGGCAGUGACAAACUCGUUGUCAGUAUCUAAGACCCUGGAUAACUCAAGUGAUCAAAACGUGGAUCGACCUAGCUCCCUCACGUUCCCCAUUCUCCCCGUUGGAAGAGCGGAAUCUGCUAGGGGCUCGGGACUUGAGCAGAAUCAAUCCACAUCGAACACGAUAAGAGCAGAGGUCCUAGAGCAAGAUGUGCAGCCUAAGAAGGAGGAAGAGCCAAUUGAGAGCAUCAACAAUUCCCUGGUCGAUCAGCAGAAUUCACUUUUCGAAAGGACCUGGACCCUGGCAGCCAUGAUCGAGCAUGUUCUCCUUGAAAAAGAUUCGAGGGAACUGCGGGCUAUAUUUCGCGCCGUUUCCACCGUUCAAGAGCCUGAGGCUGGCAAGCUGAUCUCCUUCCUCAAGACCCAAGAAUUCGAUCCGCAGCUACUGAAGAUCUCCCUUGCCCGCCAAAUUAGCUCCCACGAAGCCGAAGAGUUCGAAAUCGGCGACUGUCUCGGAAUUCACUGUCAGUUUCAACUCCAUGGCGUCACAAACUCGACAGAUCUUCAGGAGCAGAUCGUGCGGCUGGGGAGACUCUAUUCUUAUGCUCGCCGCUUGAACAUGGUUGACCUCGUGGAAAAGAUCACGUUCAAGCUACAGGCCGCCUGGAACUCAUACCCGGGCCUGUCUCAGCUAGAACCACUGCUAGAUAUGACUGCUGUAGUAUUCAAAAAUGCCACUUGCACAGACCAUCUCCAAGAUUGGCUGAUCAAGUUCAUUGCGGAUACACAGGAUUUGAUCUACUACCACUGCCCUCACCGUUAUUGGGCGCUUAUGAAGGACCUACCCGAUCUAUACAAUUCAAUCACACGGAUGCGCUCCGAGGUCAGUCGCAAAAACCAGGAGAGAUAUGCGAAUCCGCGGGAUCAGAUUCGUGAACGGGGCAUUGAUGACUUCUGA